AUUGAAUCCUCCUAAAAAAAGACCAAAUAAGAUGCAUGUAUCUGCUGCAUGUGUGAAUUGUAAGAAAGCACAUUUGGCUUGCGAUGUAUCAAGACCUUGUAAUCGUUGUGUAGCUACAGACAAGGCUGACACUUGUCGAGACAUUCAGCAUAAAAAAAGAGGUCGACCUAAAAUGAUGCGGGAUGCCAACAAUAACAAAAUCAGACCAACAAACAAUAACAGUACUUCCACUGCUACUGGAACAUCAAAAAACAAUAAACUAAUGCUAUCAACAUCCUCUGAUGUAAUGACAGUUUCCUCUCAUGAUGUUAUGACAAUUCUGUUAUCUAUGGACUUAUGCUGUGCUAGAGUAUCUGACAAGUCUCUAGAAUACUUGGAACUCUAUCCUCAAGAAUUCUCACAUCGAUCUCUUUACGAUUUUCUUAUACCAGGUGAAAGUCAACAAACAUUAUCAAGACUUCAUCGCUGCUUACUAGAUAAUGCAGCUCAACAUCAGAAAUCAAAACAGCCAACGAACUAUAUUCGUUCUUCAUUUGAAAAGUUCUUUUCAUUCUCACUUGAGCCCCUUCUUAAUAUUGCUAAUGGUUCAUUGACACUUAAACAGACAUUAAAGUUUCGAUAUGGCCGAGACAGUAGCAAGACUGAAGAAAUGAAUUGUCGGUUCUAUCUUGGUGGUGGAUUUGGUGCCGACUUGUUUGAUUCACAUGGACUCGAUCAGCUCUAUAUUGUCUAUCAUUUAACAUCAAAUAUACCUCAUAACAUGAAUGACAUGAUACAUUUGCCACCAUUGAUUAUCAACAAUAAUGAUUCGAUGCUAGAAGAAACCGAACCAACCAAAGAGACACUCGAAGAAGCAGAAAACAGUAACAAUAGUAACAAAAUGUCUUCGCCUGUCAUGAUGAAGCGUACUGUUAGUAACAACAAUAACAAUACAAUUCAUUUACCGCUCAUCUCUUCCAGUCCAAACUAUGAAAACACCAAGAAUAAAUCACUAUUAGAUCGCUUUCGGUACAAUACACAAUCUCAAUCCCAACAGUUUAUUCAUCCUAAUGAACUCUAUUAUCUCAAGACAACAUCAAGUAGAUUAUCUUCAGAAGCUAUUGCUCGUACUGCUUAUCCUUAUCUAUCAAAAGCAUCUUCAAAUACCACCGGCAAAGGAAAGAAGUUAGCUGCUUAUCGCGCUGUAGACGAAUACAUCAACGCUGAUCAAAAAGUAGUUGGUAUUGGGUCUGGUUCAACUGUUGUUUAUGUCGUCGAACGUAUCUUACAACGUCCCGAAUUAAAACACAUUGUCUAUAUUCCUACUUCAUUUCAAUCAAAAAUCUUGAUUCUUGAAGGUGGUCUUCAACUCGGUAGUAUUGAACAACAUCCUGAAAUUGAUGUGACCAUUGAUGGUGCUGAUGAAGUGGACGAAGAUUUAAAUGCAAUCAAAGGAGGUGGAGCUUGUCAAUUUCAAGAAAAAGUGAUUGCUGAAGCAGCCAAAAAGUUUGUGAUUGUUGCUGAUUUCAGAAAGAAAAGCAAGAAGCUUGGUACAGGUUGGACAAAGGGUGUUCCAAUUGAAGUUGUGCCCAUGACAUAUAGGUCUCUCAUGAAGACUAUUGAAACCAAGUUAUCAGUUAAGCCUAUCAGUGCUAAACUUCGUAUGGCUGUCAAUAAAGCAGGUCCUGUUGUGACAGACAAUGGUAAUUUUGUGAUUGAUGCACACUUUGGUACGAUCAAAAAUCCUCAAGAAUUGUUAAAGGAACUCAAAUUGUUGACCGGUGUUUAUGAAGUUGGAUUGUUCUGCAAUAUGGCAGAAAAGGCUUAUUUUGGUGAAGAAAAUGGUUCUGUUGAUAUUUGGUUCAAAUAAAACCAAGUUCUUUUUUUUUUAUAACCUAAAAAACAGGAGAGCGUAUUUUUUUUUUUUUU